CCUCCCACUUGCAUGCUCAUAGCUAGCCGGCCAGCCCCAAACAAAAUAAUGGCAACUGUUGCUGCUGUAAAGAUUAGUGUCCCUAGUGACUCUGUGGACCCAACUAAUGCAUGGGACCGCCGCAAAGUGAAGCAGAAAGUAACGAAAGUGACACCAAAAUCUCACAAAGAAAAGAAAAAAGAAGGCCACACAAGAUUUGUGUGUAUUUCAGAUACACACUCCAAAACUAGACAUCUUAAAGCAUUACCAGAAGGGGACGUUUUGAUGCAUGCUGGCGACUUCUCAAAUGUGGGAUUGCCACUAGAUAUUGAGAGGUUUUGUGAAUUUCUGAAAGCACAACCACAUCCGAAUAAGGUUGUGAUAGCAGGCAACCAUGAUUUGACCUUCGACACUGCCCACUAUGACCAGCUAUACCGACGAUUUGGUCACCCUGAGAUGUACAACUCUGAAGAGAUAAAAGCCUCUCUGGCCAACAUACCCUCUGUCACAUACCUCGAGGAUGCUGGUACCACCAUUAACGGAAUAUCCAUCUGGGGAUCCCCAUGGCAACCCGAGUUCUGUGACUGGGCAUUCAACCUGCCGAGAGGACAGCCUUGUCUGGACAAGUGGGACCUAAUACCUGCCGGAGUUGACGUCUUGAUGACCCACGGCCCUCCACUGGGACACGGGGACCUCUGUCAGAGUGGCUUGAGGGCAGGAUGUCUACAGCUAUUAGACACGAUACAACAGAGGGUGAAGCCACUGUACCAUAUCUUUGGGCAUAUCCAUGAAGGCUAUGGCGUAACUACUGAUGGACACACUACCUAUGUCAAUGCUAGUACAUGCAACUACAGCUACCGGCCAAUCAACGAACCAAUCGUUUUUGAUCUCCCCAACAAGUGAACUAUAGUUUACUUCAGCGAACAAAUUUUUAUUCUCAGUAGAAUAAUUAUACAUGUGAUAUGUGUGUUGAUGAGAGCUUGACAAAUUGAGUGUUUAAAAACUUGAA